UUGGCCUGCAGCACGCGUGCUUUUGAUCAGGGUUUGUUUUGUUAGGACCUAAGAGAGGAACCUAUUGGAGAAAUCCAGCUUAUCAUUUCUGGUCAUUUCGACCCGCCCCUUGUACAUUAAGGCUCUGUCAGAUGUGAGGUUCAGCAGUGAGGGGGUUGCGCUGACAGAUUAGAUUGUUCUGUAACAGAGAAGCUGAGAGAGGGGCAGCCAUGCGCCUGUUAGGGUGCACAGUGUUUCUCUCUGUCCUGCUGCAGGCUAUGUCGUCCCCAACAGAGGACUGGCAGAGAGCCACGUCCAUUUAUGAAUUCAACGCAACAGACAUCGAUGGAAAUCUGGUGUCGCUUGAGAAAUACAGGGGCUAUGUUGUCAUCAUCACCAAUGUUGCCUCAAAAUGAAGCAAAACCCCAGUAAACUACUCUCAGUUUGCGAAGAUGCACGCCGCGUACUUUGAGAGAGGUUUACGGAUCCUCGCCUUCCCCUCUAACCAGUUUGGGAAUCAGGAGCCGGGAAACGAGACACAGAUCAAGAUUUUUGCCCAGUCAUACAACGCACAGUUUGACAUGUUCAGUAAGAUCGAGGUGAAUGGGGAGAAUGCUCAUCCUCUGUGGAAGUGGCUGAAGGAUCAGCCCAACGGCAGAGGCUUGUUCGGAGAUAGCAUCAAGUGGAAUUUCACCAAGUUUUUGAUCAACAGAGAGGGGCAGGUGGUGAAAAGAUACGGACCCCUCGAUGAUCCAGAAGUGGUGGAGAAGGAUCUUUCUAAAUACCUUUAACCUGUCUGUCAUUCCUCAUUGGCUGAUAUUUCAUUCACUGUCUUACUGUCAUCAUUCCUUUCUCUGCCUCUCCAAGCACCAACGGACGGAGUUCAGAUCCACCCCAGACCAGUGACGGUCUGCUCACAAACCCGCUUGUCGGAUAGAACAGACCCGAUGAAAAUGGCGUGCAAACCUUUUGGGGGGUUUUUAAAAACGUGUCGUCUUUUGGUUCAUUGGAGGGAAUGAGAAACAACCCUAUGAGCGUAUCAGUGAUUCCUUUUGUUGCAUAAAUAAGAGUUGCUUUGUUUUCUUAAUAAAAUUCAAUAUUAUGUUCUUUUGCAAGUUAUAAUUCCCCUACAGCUUUUAUUGUUGAGAAUACUGAGAGAUUAUGAAAUAAAAAAUGUUUGGAAAUCA